UGCAAUCGUCAAUUUCAAUGAUCUGAGGUUUAUCAGGGUUUUAGCCAUGGCGGAAUCGUUAUCUCUGUUUGCCGUAUUUCCCGUGGCCCUCGCUCCACCGUCCUCUUCGUCUCGGACACAAUGUAGUAUGCAAUGGCACAGAAGGAUUUCCGUUGGAGUCGGUUCUAUGCAUCGGACGUUUGGGGUCGGAAAGAGUCGUGUGGUCGCAUCGAAGUCCGCCCUAUGGCGUGGUGUAUGUCGCGCACUGGAUCAAAAUUCUGAAGGCCAGGCAACCACUCCCGCUCCACUUGAGAUUGUUUAUGACCCUCAAUCCCGAUUUGAAGAACUUGCUAUGGAGCUCAACAGCUCUUCUUCAACUCCAGUCUCCAACCUCACUUUGUUUUCACCUUCCAAGGUGAACGUAUUUCUAAGGAUCACUGGCAAACGACCUGAUGGUUAUCAUAAUCUAGCCUCCCUCUUUCAUGUAAUCAGCUUAGGAGACAUUCUCAAAUUUUCAGUUUCUCCCUCCACCACCAAAGAUUCUUUAACCACCAACACCGCUGGCGUACCUCUGGAUGGAAAGAACUUGAUCAUCAAAGCGUUUAAUUUGUACCGUGAGAAGACAGGCACCAAGAAAUAUUUUUGGGUGCACCUGGAUAAGCGAGUGCCAACAGGGGCAGGUCUUGGUGGGGGCAGUGGAAAUGCAGCUACGGCUCUUUGGGCGGCUAAUCAGAUGAAUGGAAAUAUUGCAAGCGAGAAAGAGUUGCAAGAAUGGUCAGGAGAGUUAGGAGCUGACUGCCCAUUUUUCUUCUCUCAAGGAGCAGCCUACUGCACCAACAAAGGAGAGGUGGUGCGAAACAUUCCUCCGCCCAUUCCCUUAAGCACUCCUAUGGUGCUCAUCAAGCCUCCAGAAGAAUGUUCGACAGUUGAAGUUUAUAAGCGAUUCAGCAUGGACAAUACGAGCGACGUAAAUCCUGAGGACCUGUUGAGAGAGAUUGUGGAGAAAGGGAUUUCACAGGCAGUGUGUAUCAACGACCUUGAGCCACCUGCCUUUGCUGUUCUACCAACAUUGAAAGCAUUGAAAGAGAGAAUUCUUGCUGCCAGUCGUGGCCGUUACCAAGCUGUGUUCAUGUCUGGAAGUGGAAGCACCAUCGUGGGUGUUGGCGACUCUCAACCACCUCAGUUUAUUUAUGAUGAGGACAAGUAUAGUGACGUUUUCGUCUCAGAGGCUUACUUUUUGACACGGAAGGAAAAUGAAUGGUACCAGCAACCCACAUCUGAGCAGAUUGAAGAUCUUGCGGAGUACGAAGACAAGACUUGUUCCAUUGAAAAACGGACAUGUGAAUAACCUCGACCAGUUUAGUGGGCCUUGCGGUAGGACGUUGCCUUCUUUGUAAACUAGCAGUUUAAUGAGAGUUCUAGACACAUUGUAUCAGCUCAUCUCAGAAACUACCUAAAGGAAUUUCACGAUAAUUCCUAGAGUGGCUCCGUAGAAGUGGCGUCAGUUCUGGAACCUUGAGCAGCACGUGACCAUUUGCAAUCCAAUUCACAGACAGAGCAAAGUUGUCUUCAUCGUCGAUGAUGCUUUCAAUUGUGGCUGAUGGGGCGCACAGGUAGAGCAUGGAAUGGGUUUCAACAGUGGCUGCCUGCGAUCAUUGGUCGGCGUCAGAAUUUGAAUGAAUUGUGGGACCUGCACGUACCAAGUAGAAUUCAAUAGAUUCCAAACAUUAUUUUUCAUCUUUUAUGGUCUCUGACUACCCGUCAACUGCCACGAUUCUUUCCUAAGCCCACUAGGCAAUAACGAAUGAGUGGGUAGAAACGUGUGAGACUUGCGAACCAUCAGGUCACAAUGGGAAGAGUCUCCGCGUGCCGUAGAUUAUGUGUUGAUCGUAUCCCACUUUUCAAGCUGUACGCAGUUGAAAUUGUAAUAUCCUUUCAGAA